AUGCAAGGUCCCAACCCGUCCCAGGGAGUGGAUGGGGUGGGUCUCACAAAUGAAGAGCCUGCUUCUGACUACCAAUCCCUUCAAAGUCUUCCCACUGAAAUAUUGAUUGAUAUAUAUUGCAAGCUAGAAUCGCUUUUUGCUGUAUACCAGUUGGCGGCAACAUGUGCUCGUCUUCAGUCCAUAUGGUUAGAAAAUACCAAUGCGAUAUACAACAGCAUUGGGCCUGUGGAGAUAAAGUGCCACCGUCAUGCACGUAAUCUACUGACAGACCAGGGUGGACCCUCUCCCAACUCUCUUGUGUCAGUCUCGGAUGUCCGCCGUCUGACACGCAACAUGCGCAUUGUCCAUGGAGCAAUCGAUUUCUAUGACAAAAUCAUAACUUCUAGAAUAGGCGGCAAUAGGUACUUCGGGUAUUACGGCUCUGAUCCUCGUCCAGCACAACUUACAUACACGGAGCGCCGUCGGUUUAUACGUGCGUAUUAUCAGAUAUUGGGAUCCAUCAUGCUGGAGCCCGAGAGACAGAAUGAUAGACUGCACUCAAUCCCCCUCAAAGAUCUUAUGAUCAUGGAGGAUAUAACGUGGCUCUGGUAUACUGAAGGGUGCAGAACAGGCGGUGGGGCUUUAGCAGGACUCAGCGGCGAACAAAAACAGGAUCUGGUCUACCGGAUUGAUGAAGCUGCUGCUUACGUGUAUAAGCGCGUCUACAACAAUCGAUAUAAUUAUAUAAGGUUCAAUUUGGCACCUAACUUCGGAACCCGAGGCCAUUACUGCGUGUUUGACCAUGCACAGCGCGAUGUGAUGGACGAGGUGCGCGGACUAAAUUCGCCGCCAUGGCCAAAACCCAACCCUUUGUGCCCACCGGAAUGGGCAGUUGAUACCGACGAUGAUAGCUAG